CGGCGCAGGCGCACUGGCAGCGUAGAGCGGGCCGGGCCGGGCCGGGGCAGAGCCCGCGGGAGGCGGUGGCAGCGGGGCAGAGUAUCGCUCAAGAAAACUCUCUUCAAAAGUGGAAGGAGCCCCUACUACAAUGAUGAACGCCGAUAUGGAUGCUGUUGAGAAUCAGGUGGAAUUAGAAGAGAAAACACGGCUUAUUAAUCAAGUUUUGGAACUGCAGCAUACACUUGAAGAUCUCUCAGCACGAGUAGAUGCUGUUAAGGAAGAAAACUUGAAACUGAAAUCAGAAAACCAAGUUCUUGGACAGUAUAUAGAAAAUCUGAUGUCAGCAUCUAGUGUUUUCCAAACAACUGACACAAAAAGCAAAAGGAAGUAAGGGUUGACUCACAGAUUAUGUAAUUGUAUUGCUGCUGGGGUUUUUUUGUUGUUAACUGGCAUAGGCUACAUAAGCUAAAAUUCUUUAGUUUGUGGCUUACUGGAUUCUCAAAGAUUAUAAACUUUGGUAAUAAACAGAAUUAAGAGCAUUAUCAUGAACAGGAGACAGGAGUUUGUGUAAUAAGCAAUGUGCAAAUGUAGUGUAGAUAAUUAUAAAAUUGUAGUAUUUGUUUUAAAAAUGACCAUAUCUUGUUAAAAAGCAGGUUAGUUUGUCAGGUUAAAGUUCUGUUGGCACUCUGAGGUCUUAGGGUAGAUUUCUUGACUAGCCUGGUAAUAGUUAUAAUAUUGUGUUGAAACCCCAUUUGAUAAAAAUAUUCAGUUUAACUGCACUUUUUUCACCUGAGAUGUGUUUACUAUUCACAGCUCUACAAAACAAAACAAAAACCUAUAAACCAGUUAAGCAUUUCUGUGAAGUAGGAACACUAUGACAUUGUUUGCGGGGCUUGCAUACAGAAAAACACCUCGUACUUUUUUGGGAAGGGGGAGGGUAAGAGGAGGAACAAGGGUGAGCAACUUAAUCAGGGAAUACCAAACUGAUGCAGUAUCAGAUGUAAUAUGUACAUGUGAAACCAUUGCUGCUUUUCCAUUUCCCUGAAGAAUAAUCAGGCACAUCAUCACAAUGUAUGAUCUUCCUGAAGUUCUUCUGUUGUGUGAUGAAAAGUUAAGUAAAAACCUCGGUGAUAAACUUUCCAGAAAGAGGUCAACAAUGCUUCUCAUACUCAUGAACAAUCUGCAGCAAGGAACUGAGAACAAGUCUUUCCUUCCCCCCUUUUACUUUCCUUCUGAAGUGCCAAACUUGUCUUUGCUUCAGACCUCAGAGCAGCUGUUUUCCUGCCUCAUAGCCUAAGCUUGUGUAGAUCUUCUUGAGGCACUGCAUAAAAACAGCUAAGGCAGAAGGAUGCAGUGGAACAAUGGUGGAUUUUGCCUCUCAAAAUGGCACUGCUCUGAGCAAUGCCUGGUGGCAAGGUGCUGUUUUUUCUUGGUUUGGAUGUUAGGUUUUGUAGGGGAGCUUAGCCCAGAUUAUGGGUCUGAGCACUUCCCACAGAGGCAGCAUGUACAGCAUAAUCAGUAUUAAGGGAGAGCAGAAGCUGAAAUACAAACAAGUAAAUUUUAGCAGUACUUAGUUACAUCUAUUUCAUCUUGUCCUACAGCAGCUCUGCAGACUUAUUUAUGUACGUUAGCUAGGACCGAGUUCUCACUUCAGUAAUGAAGCUAUUUUACUUGAACUUUUAAAAGAAAACCACUAGUUCAAGGAUCUCUCUCAAGCAUGGUGUGAAUGAGGCAGUGUAAUAGAAGAAUAAAUCCUUCUCAAAUCCCAACUUUUUUAGCAGCCAGGUACUGCUGUCUCAAGUGUAAGAUGACAUUGUGAGGUUCCCCUCUCCCAAAGGUCAGGUUUCCCAUUUCUCCCCGUUUAAAAUGGUUGUACAAUGCUCGAGUCAAAAGACUCUAAACAAAGUCAAAAGACUGCAAACAAAGCACUAAUAGUACAGUCUUGAAGGCUGUUUACAAGUCUAGGUCAAGAAACCAAAUGAUGAAAAAUGGAUGAUACCAUUUGUGUCAUGGGGUCCUUGUCAACAUCUCAAAUUAAUUUUAAUCUUCUUAAAAUUAAUUUUAAUCUUUUAUGGACUACUUUUUCACAUUACUGGAACUCUAAAUUAAUCCAAGAGUUGCUAGCAGGUAGAGUAGAUCACAUGGCUAGAGUUUGAGCAUUAAAAGAACAAUCAUAGAAAGCACUUGACUUCUAAAGGUUGCAUUGCAUUAUAGCCAUUGUAGCUUUAAAGCCACAUUCCUACCGUCUCUCACUGUAGCUUACCUGGUAACACAGCAUGCGCUUGUUAAGACUUCAGCAAUUCCCAAGAUAAAGUAAUUUUAAAAUUAUGGUUUUGUAUUGUAGAUUGGAUAGUGGUAUUUUAUCCAUCAGUGUGUAUACAGCAGUUAUUUAAUCUCCAUGCCAUUUUACAUCCCACUUACUGUGGCCUUCAUUUAAAUUACGAACAUUUUAAAGAUGUUGUAUUUCUGACUUUACACCAAAUAAAAACCUUUCAUUUGUCUCAA